UCCGCUCUCCUCACCGUUGGAUUUUAUUCACACUAGUGAAUCACAUUGAGAUUCGAAUAGCUCUCUGUGUAUCUCUCCCUCUCUCUCCAAUCCAAUCCGAACUAAACCAAGCUUUUUACUCAGUCAUUCAUUCAUUCUUCAUUUUUAAAUCUUUCACCGCUUCUGAUUCACUGCCUUUGCUUGUCCUAUUAUACCAUUUUUGUUUAAUUCAUUCACAGCUCCAUAUCCGAAAAUCCCCAACGUUCUUCUGCUUGCUUGCGGCUGCGGAUCCUUCGUUCCUUCAUCCAUGGCGGACUACGAAGGCCACCAUCACCAGAAGGAGACGGCAUUGCAAGCCCUCAACACCAUAAUCCAGCUUCACUUCGAGAAGACUCUGGAGAAGAAGCGUGCCAUUGACCUCCAGAAGAAGGAGCUUCACAAGCUCUUUCAGAUUUUCUUCGUCUUCCUCAGCCUCGUCUUCCUGGCCCUCUCCAAUUCCUCUCGCCUCCAGUGCCGCCAUUGCUGGAUCCCUAUCUCCCUUCUCUCCCUCGCCUCCCUCAUCUUCUACGUCUCCGUCGCCCAGACCCUCCGCUGCAUCAACGCCUUCAAGUACCAGCGCCGAUGCCACAAGCUCACCCUGGGCUUAGCCACGGAGAAGCUGAGGGAGAUGAAGAUGAAGCUGCAGAGCGGGAAUGAAUACGACGGAGUCGGGGACGAAGAGUUUGAGAUUCACUACCAGGAACCUCCAGAGAGCUAUUUUGGCAAGUUCAAGAGGAAUUGGGCUCUCCAUUUCGGCUUCUUGAUCUUGAUCUACGGUUUCAUGGUAUCUGUCUCCGUUGUUCUUCUCUGCUUCUAGAUCUUCUUCUGUGGUAGAUCCCAAGAUCCAUAUGUCUAAAUUAAAAUCUGCAUCCACUCGCUUCAUUUUCAAUCGGGAAAUGGUAGAUCUAGACUUUAAAUUUCAAUUGUGAAAUUGUGUGCAAGUAAGAGGGGGACUAGUUGUUGUUUGUGUUUCAGCGCAAACGGGCACUUUUUUUCCUUCCUCUUUCUAUGCCAUACCUUUUCACUUUUCAGCUGUCCUUCUUCUUCUCUUUGACUCAUAAUCAAAUGAAACGUCUUUCUAUUAA